ACUGAAGACCCCCUUAACUUGGUGUCUUGGAAUAAGACUAAUGAAGCACUUGCGUGCGCAAUGAAAACGUGACAAAUAAUUUUUCAGUCCCACAUGUCCACUUUCAAGUUUGUCAUCGUAGCGGAAACUUGGUUUAUUCGAACUCUUGUUUAUUGUUUGAAUUUCUCAUCAAAAUGUCGAAGACAGUGCGUAAGAAAAGGAAAGAGCAGGGACUGAAGAAGUCGAACAGUAGUACAAACCCCGAUCGAGGCAAAGGAGCAGGUGGAAGCAACAUGAGGGACCGUUCUACAAUUAAGAGAUUGGAGAUGUAUCGUAAAGGAAAACCAAAAAGAAAUCGGAAGGGUAAAAUUGUGCAAGCAGCUCCGUUCCAAUCUCAGUUGAAGUCUGGUACAGUUGCCCGAGUAGAGCCUAAUAGAAAAUGGUUUGGCAAUACGAGAGUGGUAUCCCAGAAUGCUUUGCAGACCUUUCAGGAGGAGCUUGGGAAGGUUAUCAAAGAUCCAUAUCAGGUGGUCAUGAAACAGACCAAGCUACCCAUUACUCUAUUACAAGAAAAGGCGAAGUACAAUCGUGUUCACCUAUUGGAUACCGAAAGCUUUGGAUCUACAUUCGGCCCCAAAAAACAACGAAAGAGGGUCAACAUGAAAGUUGCUGAUGUAGAGUCUUUGUUGAAAUCUGCUGAGGAAUCCAGUGAGAAGUAUGAUGUGGAGAAGGACAAAGAUCUGGUCUUUGAUGACCAGGGUGUUCGUGAUGAAGUCAAAGAUUGGAUAUUCUCAGCGGGACAGUCUAAGAGAAUAUGGAAUGAACUUUACAAGGUGGUAGAUUCUUCUGAUGUUCUGGUCCAAGUCCUUGAUGCCCGAGAUCCAAUGGGAACUAGAUCCAAGUACAUUGAGAACUACCUCAAGAAAGAAAAACCUCACAAGCAUCUCAUUUUUGUCCUCAACAAAGUGGAUCUUGUUCCAACGUGGGCUACGAAACGAUGGGUAGCCAUUUUGUCGCAUGAUUAUCCAACAUUAGCCUUCCAUGCCAGCAUGCGAAAUCCAUUUGGGAAGGGCGCCCUCAUACAGCUUCUAAGGCAGUUUGGCAAGCUUCACAUUGACAAGAAACAGAUCAGUAUUGGCUUUAUUGGGUAUCCUAACGUUGGUAAGAGUUCUAUCAUCAAUACACUCAGGAAUAAGAAGGUCUGCAAUGUUGCACCAAUCGCAGGAGAAACUAAGGUGUGGCAGUAUAUCACAUUGAUGAGAAGAAUAUUCCUGAUAGAUUGCCCUGGUGUGGUGUACCCAUCUGGAGAGACAGAGACAGAGAUUGUUCUCAAGGGAGUAGUAAGAGUGGAGAAUGUGAAAUGCCCUGAAGACUACAUAGCUGAGGUUUUGAGACGGGUUAAACCAGACUACGUUCAGAAGACCUACCGCAUCACAGAAUGGGUGGAUUAUAUUGAUUUCCUAGAGAAACUAGCUCAACGCACUGGGAAGCUUAACAAGGGUGGUGAGCCUGAUGUGAGCACUGUAGCCAAGAUGGUCCUGAAUGACUGGCUUCGAGGAAAAAUACCUUUCUUUGUUAAACCACCAAAUUGUGAACAGGAUCCCAAGGAUGAUACAAAUAAGACUAAUCAAGCCAAGAAAAACAAGGAAACAGUUGCCAAGGAAACAGUUGCUAAGGAGGAUGCCAGCUCUAAAAAGAAGAAGGGAGCCGAAAUCCGAGGAGUGAAACAGGACCUUAGCAAACUCAACAUCGGACCGAACUUCGCCGGGGAUGACCUGAAACCUGAGGACAUCGACGAGGAGGAGAAUGAAGUAACAGAAGGACAGGAACCAGUGGAGGAAGAUGAGAUGGAGAAUGAUGAUGAGGACAUGGAGAGAGACGAUGAUGAAGAGUUAGAAGAAAGUGUGAUAGAAGAUGGACAGAAGGAAGGAAAGAAAGAAACUUCAAAUGAAGCUGCAUCAUCAUCAUCACCUGUGAAACAGUCAUCUAAGAGGACUAGAAAAGAGGAUGCAAAGACCGGUAUCUCAUUCGGUGCUAAUGUCUUCCUGAACUCUAAGAACAAGAAACUCUUAGCCAAAGCGAAGAUUGAAAAGAAAAGGGAAGCUAUGUUGAAAAAGAGAAGUGAAAUGGAACAAAUUGAGGAUCAAAACAAGCCGAAGAAAGCCAAGAAACCUCAACCGAUCGGGUCAUACUGUCCUCUAGGGAGCAGUGAUGAAGAUGAUGUGGGUGAUAUGAGAAGAAAGAAAAAGAGAUACUUUGAAGAGGAAAAAACAGGAAAGAAAAAACUUACAUCCAAACAGAAGCGAAGCAUCGAGAGAGCACAGAAGAGCAAGAAGGUUGGUCAUCAUUACUACGCUGAGAAGAACGUCAAGAAUAGAAACAGGUCAAAAAGAGACAAAUGAAGAUCCUUAGAAUCUGUUCAUAUUAGUGAAGAACUUUAAUUGAAUUGGAGAUUGCUGGUUUGAGCUGGAAUACACCCCAGGGAGUGUAGAAAUUGCAUAUAUCAAUUACAGGCAAGCCAGAAUCCGAUGACUGGGGUAUUAAGGCCACCGCACACCUUACGACCUGACUGGUCUACGACUGGUCUACGACUAGUCUGCAACUGAGUGAGGGGAGAUGAAUCGCAAGGUAGUCAUAAGCCUCGACACCGCAUACUUUGCGAUCCGACUGCCCUGCUGUCUGCGACUCACGCAUGCGCUUUUUGCCAUAGCAACUGAGAAAAUGACGCGAAUGCGCGUUACGUAUAAUGUACUCGUCGCAACUCUGCUGUCUGAUUGGUUGGAUGAUGGACUGAGCUUGCGAUCCAGUUGUAAGGAUUCAACAUGUCAAAUCCUUAAAAUUUUCCUUGCAAUUUGUCUCUGACUUUGCAACUCUCAAGCUGACAAAAGCUGUGACGUCGCAUUUCCCCUCACUCAGUCGCAGACCAGUCGGGUCAUAAGGUGUGCGAUGGCCUUAAGAAAUAUGGUUCUGGUGCCCAUAACACAAAGCUUGGCAAUCACAGAGAACACUUUUUUAUGAUUGAUUGCAUUGACUACAUUGUACAGUUAAUGGGGGAAACUCAAGCCUACGAUUAAUCGCCUACCUUUGUGUUACGUAACCCUGGUGUAGGAAUGAAACAAAAUUUCAACACUGAUCACAUGAUGGCAUUUUGACCGAUCACUAAUUGAUCUCAUCUGUUAUAACCAAUGUAAAAUGAAGAUAUGUCUAUAUGUUCUAUGUGACCUUUUAGUUACUGUGUCCAAUGAAUUUCAGUAUAUUCUUUGAAAUCUGUGCCAUUUCUUGUGACCACUUUUAUUGUCCUAUAAGGAAUUUUGUUUUAUUCACGAGAAGAUGUCAAAAUUCAUGAUUUUCAUGACUACUAAACCAUCUUUCAGUCUACAACUAUAAAGUACAAGGAAUUGUUAGCUGUUGUCAGGCUCAGAGAUCUAUUGUAUAUUUAAUACAUGAGAUCCAGGGGAGCAUGCCAUGAAGCAAAGUCAUUUUCACUAUUGUUAAAAGCUAGCGAAAGUCCUGCUUCUGAUUGGCUUAGAGCAAAUUAAUCACUGACAAGCUUUCAGGAAAUACUCCACAGAAAUUUUUUUUGAUCAAUAAUCUUGACACAUGACAUAUAGGACAAGUCUAUUUCAGCCUCUUUCUUACAUAUUUAUCUUGAUCAGGAUAACAAUUCUGAGUGUCUUAGUUUUGUUUGUUUCUUUGAGACUACUCACUAGCUAAAAACAAGAUAUUGAAAUAAUUUUUUAAAGUAUUUUUCAAAAUUCAUUAUUAAAAAUGUAUAUACAUAUUUAUUUUAUUAUUUUUAUUUAUUUUUUAUUGGGGGGGGGGGGGGAGAGGGAGGUCUCAAGAAUUCCUGUGUAAAACAAUUUUUUGAUGAAUCAUAAAAUGGCGCAUUAGUUAUGAUUCAUACUGAUCAAUGCAGAUAUUUUCCUAUCAUUUUAACUAUUUUGUGCCUAAUCACAUUAGGACAGCUAUGAAUAUAGAUCAUUUAUUCAUUAUUAAAUAAAAAUACCAAGAUAAUAGAAAUUA